ACCUAGGUAAAGUGCAUUCAGUUUGAAGUUUGUCUCAGGAAAUUGAUACAUCAAACAUUAAGACAGAAAAAUUAAUUCAAAUACUGUAGAAAUAAACGGAAGUUCAAAAUUCGGAUCAAAUCUGGUGAAUGAAUAGACACGGAAAGAAAAGCAACAUUGAGUUAUAUUUGAAUGCUGUUUAUGAAUUGGAAUGUGUAUUUUAAAUGCAGAAAGAAGAGGUUGGGUUUAUUCGGACAGGGAUAUAGAGAUUUAGUUGAUCAGGUACUUACAGAUAUGUCUGACUAUCAUUUAGGUCGAUGCCAUAUUAUUGAUAAUGAUCUAAAUAUGAACUUUAUAUUAGAAGUUUAUUUCCCAAAUAAGGAAAAACAUUGUCUUCAAAGGUAUGUAACAGGAAAUAUGUCAUAAAAACCAACUUCCAGAGCACAUUUAUAAAACUAGGUGGCUUUUAUGAUGGGUCAAAGAAUAACUUUCCAGACGAGUUUGACCUCAUAUUUCUUCUUAUGGGUGUUUGAGAACCCUGGCUUUUCUCAUAAUAUGGACAUGAAUAACUUUAUUCACAAAAUACUUCAUACAAAAGUUAAUGAAAAUAAAAACGCCCUAACAUUACACUUCUUUUAGUGAAAAACAGAGGAUUUAGCAUUUACUGAUACAAAGAAACAUUUUAUGAACAAUAUUUUAUCAAGGAAACAUAUGAAAGUGUACCGGAUCCUAAAGUAUCUCAUAAAUGGAAAUGGUGACGGUGAGGAACUUGAGAAAUACUCGAAAAAAUGUUCUGGGCCUUAUUAUUCCUCGUAUCGUAUAAAAACAUUAAUGAUUUAUCAUCAUGAAGCCUGCACAAAUACUGCCACAGGUGACCUGGGACCUUGUAUUCUACAGGUGUUGGAGGAAUUUAGUAAAUAUGAAAAUUAUGAAGACUUUCCUAAAUUUAUCCAUAAAACUUCACGAUAUGAUUUUCUUUCAAAAACUCCGUUGUUGUUACCAUUCCUAAAAUCCACAGUAACAACUCUGCGAUCACUGUAAACGUCGGAAAACGGCUACGUUAUGAAAAAGAUAAAAUAAAGACUUUAUCAAGACAAUAUUUAGAUUUCCUUGUGGCAGAUAAACAGACUUUGCAACAAACGGCUUCAUUUUGUGACAGAUAUAAAAAAUCAGGUGUAUUUUCUUUUCCUUUUAACAUUCAAACAACUUUUUAUAAUAAUUUAUUGGAACAGGAGGCAUAUUUAAAAGAGACAAUUUCGAUGUAAUCUUUACUGAGUACAAAAAUGUCAGGAUCUUUAGUAAGGGUGUUGCACUUUUUAUCACCUCUGAUAAACAGACUCAUUACUGUUUUGCUUGGUUGCAUUCAAUGCUUCCAAAGCAUCUUCUUAUAUAGUUUAUUAAAUCGUAAACGGUAUUUAUUACAUGUUUUUUCGGUGGGCUAUUGACGUAUUUGAAUGAAUAAAGCGGGAUAUUUUCAAAGAGAAAAUAAAUCUAUAGUUUAAUUUGGAAUUUGAUAUGCUCUGUUUAAACUGAAAUUUCUGCAUUAAUACAUUCAACUUUUUUCUUACAUGAAAAUUUACAGUCCCUUUGCAAAAUGUAGAUAUUUGAGUAAAAUAACGCAUGUCCGCAUUUGUUUCUGUUUCCACCCAUAGAGUAUGCAGAUGCAGAGAAAUUGGAAAAUAACAGAAAAUUCAUACCAAGAAUGAAUUCUGAUGGAGACUUUUCAUCUCCGUUUAUUGAUGAAUGCUGAAAACUGUUUCACAGACGCAGAUGUACCUAUUGCUUCAUUCUCACGUGGUAACAAGUUCACUUGAUGUUUUCUGAGCUUCGCACUAAAACACACCCUUCGAGUAUAAGUUUGUUUGUUCUUGUCGCAGUGUUGCUCCAAUGCCACUUUUGAUAACUGGCCAUAUCUGAUCAUUGUUGUUGUUUAUUUUUUUUCAUACAAUCGGUACCUGUUUCAUAAUACUUUUGAUUUUUCUAGGAAGUUGUCAUACUUGUCAAAAUAUUUUAAAAAAUCAUAACGUUGUCAAAAGCCGUUAAGUCUUAAAAUGAGACCUAGUGUUGAAUAAAAGUGUCCGGUAUGUACUUUGUAUCUUUAAAUACGAGGGUAGUAAUUGUGCAUAAUGAGUGGGCAGUCUCAAAACACUUUUGAAGUUGGUUUUAUGCGAUAAAGAUAUCUGAUCAUUGUUAUUGACAUAUUUGACUCUAGAUAUUGUUUAACACAUAUUCAAAACUGGUCAGCAACUCGUCAGUUCAUGUUAUGCAGUUCUAUCAUUUAAUGGAGCUAGUUGUUUUAAACAAGUAGACUGGCCCUAAGGAAGGCAUUGACGCAGGAAUCCUCGAACUGCAUGAAGAUAAUACAGCGAUUUUGUGUGGCGGAUAUUUGACCUUCUAUAUCCGUUGGUAUAGUAUCAACACGAGGUUCAAUCACAAGAACACCGUCAUUCAAUAAAAACAGAAGGUACAUCCACAGAUUAAUUAACAAAGAUCUGUGUUUACCAAGCAAAGACUCUGGACUAGCAAAAAUUAUAUCAGCUUAGCAUUCAUGUAACUGUUAUAUAUAUUUCACUGUAUAUAUCCAUCCUGUAAAUACACCAAAUCACUGCUUGACUUUUCAAUAAAGCCGCAUGGGGUGACAAAACAAUAAUGGUACAUUGCGAGCUGUCAUUAUGGAAAAAAUCAAAAGCAAAUGGGGCAAUUUCAGAAGUUAAGCUUGUGCCACUGCCAGAAUAAAACAUCAUUUCCUUUGCAACACGCUCUUGGUUUGGUCUUAUUUGUUCAUAUUUUAAAUGUUUUAGACUUUUAAGUAUAGCUUCAACCAUUUCUCUAUUAAAGGUGUAGUUUAUAAUGAUCUAAUUCUUGAAAACAGAUCACAAAUCCUCUGUUAAAUAUGUAUUCUUUUGUAUGAAAGCACAUUUGUGUCGUCUGAUAAGCCAAUACAAGCUGAGGACAGGCCAUAAAUCGGUAAAUAAGCUUCGGCUCAUUUAAUGAUGGCUAGCACAUGGAGCCCUUAGAUAACAUGUCACAGUGAUAGUAGUUGAUUAUCACUAAAAUAAAUAAAUGGGAAUUUGUCUAACAAAUUUGUGAGACACUAUAAGCAUACUUUCACCAGUCCCUAUGUUCGUAGCCAGGGGCAAUAAAAAUAAUUGUAAAUGUAGAAACAACCUGCUGGAGUUACUUCCCUCAUAAUGAAUAAAUAUUAUAUAUGUGUAAAUAAGAACAAACAUAGGGACGGGAACCAGUCUAACCAUUUUAUUGCUUAUGGAUUUUUAAAUACUUGAAUCGAUUGAGAAUUGGUUCUGUUUGUUAUGUUAUUUUUAGAUGAAUGGAAUAUCGUGUUUAUAGAUUGAUUUUAUCCUCAAUAACCGUGGAUGCAUCUUUAUGACCUUUAUGAUCAAAUCAAUUUACUUUAAAUACAGUUUGGUAAGUAUAAAGAGUGGUUUGUUGUAAACAGUUUGUGUUCUUUCAACUUACAUGAUGUAGUUUAUAUCAACAGUGAAAUCUUAGAAUACAUAUUACAUAGAACCAAGCCUUGGACAGUAUAUUUACCACAUUAAUAGACAAAUGUUAGUCAAAAUUUAUAAAUACAUGUACAUACCUUUUCUAUGGAUAAGUCAAUGCCUACCUUAUCAUUAAACUGCUUUAAACAAAAUUAAAUUUAAUUAAACAGGAAAGGAGACAGAUCUCUACCCAAUUACAAAUGGAGCAAAAACACAGUGUUGACCAAUGCGCAUAUCUUGUAAUCAGAUUAAAUUGAUGUCAUAGACUACGCUAGUGAAUGGGCAUGAUAAAUAAACGGAAUAACAUUCUUCACUUAAAAUCACAUACAACGAUACAAAAACGUUAUGAUGGCAACAUUACAUUCUGGUGGAAAGAAAAAUAACCUGGAAUUGUAUUUGACUGAUGUAUAUGAAAAAGAAUGUGAAUUUAAGAUAGAACAGGAAGAGGUUGAGUUUAUUCAGACAGGGAUAGAGACUCUUGUGCAGGAUUUAGUUGAUAAAAUACUAGCAUAUGAUUCGUUUGACAAACUAAUAUCUACCGUAAUUGAUGAAACAGCUGAUGCAUUAGUGGAUAUGCAUUGCAAAAAGUCUUUAGUUGAAGUUUAUUUCCCCAUACAGAGAGACAGUUCUCUUCAAAGCUAUGAAGCAGGAAAUGAAAGUUACCUGAAAUAUGUCAAGAGUACAAUCAUUAAGGUUGGUAGCUUUUAUGAUGGAACAAAGAAUCAGUUUCCGGAUGAGUUCGACUUUAUAUUUCUUCUCAUAGGUGUUAGAACACCCUGGCCAUUUGAACAUUUAAUAGAUGUUCCUGUUUACAAAAUAGCUAGUAGAAAUGAAAAGUCCUUACAAUACAUCUAUUCUAGCGAAAAACAUCAAGCAACAAGGAAAAUAGAAUUUGAAAAGUAUCUGGAGGAACGUGGCCCAGCAUAUAAGUUGCGGUUUAUUUAUAGCAAUGGAUCUGGAGAUCAAAGAUAUAUACAUGUGGAUCUUGUACCUGCUUACAAGAUCAUUGACUGUAAUACUCAGCAGUGGUUUGUGAAGAAUGUUAAAGAAAAUGUUGAGCCAAAAUCAUUCCGUGAAGAGAUUUUGUCAGCAGGAAACUGUCUAUUUAUAAAUGGGACUUUAGCAUUUACCGAGAUAGAAAAACAUUUUAUGAAAAAUGUAAUAUCAAAGAAACAUGUGAAAGUGUACCGGAUCCUAAAGUAUCUCUUAAAUGGACACAGUGAUGGUGAAAAACUUGAAGAAGACUAUAGGCACGAACUUACAGAAUAUCAAAUUUACGGUAGAAUCGACUCGCCUAGUACUUCUUAUACCUCAUAUCGUAUAAAGAUAUUAAUGAUUUAUCAUCAUGAAACAUGUACAAACACUGACACAGAAGGUCUGGGGCCUUGUGUGCUACAGGUGCUGGGACAAAUGAGUAAAUAUGAAACAGUGAGAGAAUAUCCUAAGUUCACCAUCACAAUGCCAAAUCCAACUAAAGAGUUUAGUCAUGUGUUGCAAAUCCUGAACUCCACAAUAACUGCUUUGCAAUCAAUGCAAACAUCAGAAAAUAGCUACGAUUAUGAGAGAGACAAAAUACCUUCAGUAUCCGGACAAUAUUUGAAUUUACGUAUGUUGGGAAAACACUUAAUGCAAAUGAGGUCUGCGGUGAAUGACUGCGAUGAACAAGCCGCGAAUAGUCUGCGGUGAAUGAGCAGCGAACAUUUUACGGUGAAUGAUCUGCGAACUGUCUGCGGUGAAUGAGCUGUGAACAAUCUGCGGUGAAUGAUCUGCGAACUGUCUGCAGUAAAUUAGCUGCGAACUGUCUGCGGUGAAUGAGCUGCGUGCUACAUGUCUGCAGAAAGUUUUCGUCUUGUAGUUUGAGAAGUUAUUUAUUUAUUUAUUUGGGUUUUACGGCGCACCAACACGGUAUAAGUUAUAUGGGUCCAAACAGGACUAAAAAUUUAGGUUCCACAUCUCAUUUACUUCGAAAUAAAAACAUGAGGUAUGGAAUCAAAAUUUGCAUACCUGCUGGAAUCACAGGGUUACUGCAAAACCAAGUGUUAAGACCCUAUUAGUCGCCUCUUACGAUCAUGCAAGGGUAAGGCAGUGGUUCCAUUUCUUUUCAUACACAGAUCGUCCCAGAACCACAUGGUGUUAGUUUGAGAUGUUAUUUUAAGAAACUAUAGAGUUUUUCGAUGAAAAGGUGGACAGACAAUGAACAAUCACAAUAGCUCAUUCUGGCACUUAGUGGCAGAUGAUUUAAUAAGCUAGUGAAUUAGCUGGACACCUAUACAUUUACAUGUACAAGAAUUCAAAGUCAUGAAAAUUGAUGACAAAAGUAAGUCUGCAUCUGUUUAGAAUUACAUGAAUCAAAUAAUUUGAAAAAUAUCACAUUUUACUUGACAUGCCUUAUGUAUAUCAUAGACAAUUAAAAGGGACUUACUGUAGCGUAUACCAUGCUAUUAACAUAAAUCUGCUGAGCUCUGCAUGGUCAAGAAUUUCAAACUAUACCAACCAUUUUGCCGCCAAAACUGGUGCAGCUAUGUUAUUCACAAAUCAUGAAAUUCAGUUUCUACGGUGAAUAGAAAGUGAAUUAAUGAUACAAUAUUAAAAAUACCAAGUCCUGCGGUGAAUAAGAAGCGAACACUGGAGUCUGCGGUGAAUAGAAUGUUAAAAAAGAAGUUUGAUCGCCAAUCAUUAACCGGAUGCAGUGAAUGAACAGCGAACUGCUGCUGUGAAUAGCUCCAUUAACUUUCUAUUAACUUUCUAUUAACUUUUCAUUCACAGGAGAAGGCCUGUUCUGUAAGGGUUCUCGUAUUUAUGAAAUUAAAUGAUUGACAGCAGUAUUUAAAUGUAGUUAUAUUGUUUGAAAGCAAUUAUUUUAUUUAUUCAUAACUGCUAUACUUCCAGAGGCUGCAUGUAUUUUAAAUAAGGUUUAAUUCUGCAGUCUAUCAAAACAAAUUGCUAACAUGCUUAUUGUGCUUUGAUUGUUCUGUAAUGCUAGAAUAAAGCUUAAAAGAAAAGCAAUAUGGAAUUAAACUACAUUUCAACAGGAGUGUGUACUUACAGAGAAAGAAAAUGUAGAGUUUAUCGGCAUAGUGAUUAGAACUCUUCUAAAGGCGGGAUAUAAAUUAUAAUUAGAGCUGUCCAUAAGAUAGCAUGCUCGACGUGUCUAAGUGCUUUACUCUGAAUUAGGGCUUUGCCAGUAAAAGGGGCAUAAACAUAUGUCUGAAUUCUAAUCAGUUAUGGUUCUUUCAUAUGGUGUAACCAUUGUAAGUUUCAAGGCAAUAUCUUUGAUACUAACAGUGAUAUCGGACGUUAUAUAAACUUUAACCAAAAUAUUCCAUGUUAAAAAGGGGCAAAACAUUGUCAGAAUUCAAAUCAGAGUUAUGGGGAUUGUUUCUCCUUGUGUAGCCUUUGAUAGUAGAUACCUGUUUUAAUAUUCAAAUCAAAAGCUUUGAUAGUGAUAGAGAUAAUUAACUUGAUCAAAAACUUUAAUCAAAACGUUCUAAGAUAAAUAAAGAGGCAUAAAUCUGUCAAAAUUUAAAUCAGAAAUAAUGGGAUUGUUUCUCCUGGCGUAGGCUGUGAAAGUAAAUUACUAGUUCAAGUUUCAAGUCAAAAGCUUUGAUAGUAACAGAAUUUUGACUUUAUCGAAAAAUUUACCCAAAAAAGUUAAAGAGGGGACAAAACGCUAUCAAAAUUCAAACCAACACGUGAAUAGCUCUCAGAGUAACAAAGAUAUUUGACUUUAACAAGAACGUUAACCAAUGGCGAUGCCGACGCCGACGCCGACGCUAGGGCGAGUGCAAUAGCUCUGUAUUUUCUUUUCUAAAAGUCGAGCCAAAAAUCUAAAUUUUAUCAAUAAAAAAUGUAUUAAGCUUUGUCAAGGUAGAUAUUCAAAAAGAAUCAAAAGUGUAUUUCAGAUAGUUUUAGGAUUAUACUCUAUUCAAAAAGUGUUAUGAGAAAAUUCAAUAAAGGUAGAUUAUUUUUAAGCAAGGAAGAGUUGCUGUUUUUGUUCAGUGCGCUUUUCCGUAUUGUUCUCUACUUCUACUGCCUUCAGAGCAUCUAAAGUUGAGUACCGGCUAUAAAAUUUAAUAAAGGGAGAUAAUUAAAAAUAUGAAACGCCAAGUUACAAUUCUUGAACACUUCUUUUCCUCUUAAUGUUCUGUCACAGUAUUAUGAAUUGACGAAAUCCGUUAAAUAACUUCAAAGUUAUGGUCCAAAUAUGGACAAACAAAAUGGCAGACAAUCUGAUAGAGUGAUUUCUACAAGUCUCCAACAGAAAGGCAGAACCUUAAAAACUGUAGAAUGUUCUAGUCUAGUGGUAGUACACAUAUUCAAAAUGUAUUUGAGCCACGCCAUGAGAAAACCAACAUAGUG